GCGUGUGUGUGUGCGCGCGUGCACGCGUGGCCUUGGCCGCCGCUGGGGAGAGACUUUGCAGCCGGGCCUUGCGUAAAGGCAGCCUUUGCAGCCUACCCCCUCCCCUGAAGGAAACUUGACACUUGGGGCGGGGGUGGGGAGGGAGACCAAACCUUCUCUCUUUGGCUGGGGAAACCCCAGGUUUCUAUGCUCUGGGAUGCGGCCCCAGCUUUGUGGCGUUUGGGGGGACGAGUGGGCCAUAGGCGCGGAUCCCUGGGUAGAUGGCACUAGGACCACAUAAGCAUUUCCUCUCGAGAAGCCCCGAGGAGUCCGGGCCAAAAGGGCAGCUGGCAGGGAAAGGCCAUGGCGCGUUCCUGAGCCCAUUUGCGUUUCCACCUCUGCCUAGGUCCCGUCAGUCUCUUUUCCGGCGCAGGUUCCGGGCCAGGCCCUUCUGCAGCCUGGGGAAGGUUCACCUUUCCUUUUCCGAGGAAGGGGCUCCCUUGGGGGCUGCGGGCGGCGCAGUGCGCCGGGUUACUCUUAUCAGAGAUGUAAAAAGAGAUUUUGGAAACCCGCUCCUCCCACUCGCACCCGCCACUGCCUCGUUCCACCGCCGCCUGCAGGUGGAGAAGUCACCAGUGGGGAGGACCGGCUUCGAAAGCUUCCAAGGCCACCCCUUGCCCCCGAAAUUCUUCACAACGGGGGUGUUCGCCGCCGCCGGGGCUCUCUGCGCCCUGGAAUCCAGGGGCUCAGCCGUGGUGCGGGAGCCAGUACACCUCUGGCUCCGCCGGGGACUUGCUCGCACGGGCUCUGGCCUCGCCCUGCACCUUCACGUUUCGGGACUGACCCAACCGAGUCUGAACUGGGCUGGAGGGUGGGGUAGCGGUGUUCGGAGACCAGGCUCACGGUGCCACGAUGGCGAAGUGGUCAACAGACCAGGACCAAAAGGAAACUGGAGUCCUCCUUUGCUUCCUUUUCCCUUCGUGGCAGCUGCCAGGAGUGGGGACAGGAGGGGCCGAUAGGGAGACUGAAAAAUCAGAACGAGGGGGGCGGUUGUGGGGAGGGCAGAGCAGCGAUCCCCUCUCUGGAAUCCAGAACUCCUUCUUUCCUCUGGGGUGUAUCCCUUCUCUGGGGUACACUGCAUCCAAGGAGGAUGAGGCCGAAGGCAGGGAGAGGGCACUAUGUUGCGGUCUCCUUGGUUGGGAGAGCCGCUCUCUGCCCCCAUUAUCUUCUGUGCCCCCCACUUCCUUCUCCCCACUUCAGUCUGGCUGAAGAGCAUCCUAAGGAAACCCAGGCUGCCCUUCCUCCCCCUCUGGAAGUGGCUGGCCCCAAAGCUGGCGUAAACUGAUUAUAAAACAGACGAUGUUAAUUCCGAGCCGCAUUUCCCAGCUGGGUACUCUUGCGCGCCCUGCUCCCGGGGGCCUCGCCCCCCACCCCCUGCCCUUCCCUCCCGCGUCCUGCCCCCACCCCCCACCCCUGCGCCGGCCACCCCGCCUCCUCUGCAGCCACCGGCGGCGCGCUCCACUCGCUCUUACUCGCCUUCUCGCUCCUCUCGCCCAUGGAAUUAAUUCCGGCUCCACUUGUUGCUCGGCCCAGAAGUCGAUUGGAAUAGUAAGCCCAGGAGUUGCUUUGGGGACGGCUGGAAGGGCAAUGUCUUCCAAGUUCUUCCUAAUGGCUUUGGCCAUAUUUAUCUCCUUCGCCCAGGUUGUAAUAGAAGCCAAUUCUUGGUGGUCGCUAGGUAUGAAUAACCCUGUUCAGAUGUCAGAAGUAUAUAUCAUAGGAGCGCAGCCUCUCUGCAGCCAACUGGCAGGACUUUCUCAAGGACAAAAGAAACUGUGCCACUUGUAUCAGGACCACAUGCAGUACAUCGGAGAGGGUGCGAAGACAGGCAUCAAAGAGUGCCAGUAUCAAUUCCGACACCGGCGGUGGAACUGCAGCACCGUGGAUAACACCUCUGUCUUUGGCAGGGUCAUGCAGAUAGGCAGCCGCGAGACGGCCUUCACGUACGCGGUGAGCGCCGCGGGGGUGGUCAACGCCAUGAGCCGCGCGUGCCGGGAGGGCGAGCUGUCCACCUGCGGCUGCAGCCGCGCCGCGCGCCCCAAGGACCUGCCGCGGGACUGGCUGUGGGGUGGCUGCGGCGACAACAUCGACUACGGCUACCGCUUCGCCAAGGAGUUUGUGGACGCGCGCGAGCGGGAGCGCAUCCACGCCAAGGGCUCCUACGAGAGCGCGCGCAUCCUCAUGAACCUGCACAACAACGAGGCCGGCCGCCGGACGGUGUACAACCUGGCUGACGUGGCCUGCAAGUGCCAUGGGGUGUCGGGCUCGUGCAGCCUCAAGACGUGUUGGCUGCAGCUGGCCGACUUCCGCAAGGUGGGCGACGCCCUGAAGGAGAAGUACGACAGCGCGGCGGCCAUGCGGCUCAACAGCCGGGGCAAGCUGGUGCAGGUCAACAGCCGCUUCAACUCGCCCACCACACAGGACCUGGUCUACAUCGACCCCAGCCCCGACUACUGCGUGCGCAACGAGAGCACCGGCUCGCUGGGCACACAGGGCCGCCUGUGCAACAAGACGUCCGAGGGCAUGGACGGCUGCGAGCUCAUGUGCUGCGGCCGUGGCUACGACCAGUUCAAGACGGUGCAGACCGAGCGCUGCCACUGCAAGUUCCACUGGUGCUGCUACGUCAAGUGCAAGAAGUGCACGGAGAUCGUGGACCAGUUCGUGUGCAAAUAGUGGGCGCCCCGCCGCCUGCCCAUCACCCUGCCCGACUCCCAGGACCCACUUAUUUAUAGAAAGUACAGUGAUUUUUUUUUAAAUAUUGGAUUUGUUUCUUCCCCAGGAAUUGCAACGGAACCAUUUUUCUCUGUUCCCAUCUGAGAAUUCUGUGGUUUAUUAUUAUUAUAAUUAUUAUUUGGCAAUAAUGGGGGGUGGGAAUCAAGAAAAUAUUUAUUUUGUGGAUCUUUGAAAAGGUAAGACAAGACUUCUUUCGAAGGUAUAGGAUGAGGGGGGAAUAACACAAACCUUUACUUAGGUGUGCGCACAUCUGGAAGGUAAAGGAGAUUCUCCGUUUCCUUUGUCUCAACCAUGGGGUCAUAUGGGACAGGUCCAUCCAGCUGGAGGAGGGUGGCACAAAUCUACGCACGAUUUAGUGUCUGUGGCCAGAAGGACUGGUCAGCGCUCUGGUGUAAGCUGAAAGGUCUUGAGGGACAACAGCAAAAAAGUGAGACCCCCCACCCCCGACCUCUUUCCCAGGGGCUGCCAGCCUGAAAACAUUUUCAAAGUGGUAAUUUAAAAUAUAAGAGCAAGGAUCUCAUAUCCCUUGAAGAAAAAGGUUUACCUUGUAUCUCACUGUCCUCAAACAUUCCACCUGCAGAUGGUCCUAUUCUAAUAGCUACUGAAAACAGGGAGCAGGGAGGGGAAGCCCUAGAAGAUAAAAUUAAACUUAAUUCCUUUAAGUCAGUGAUUUGAAGCUGUUUUAGAAAUCAGGUCAUCCGAUUGGAAAAGGACCCGAGUGAUUCUGGGUACUUGAGCUUUUGUUUGGAGAAGGGCAGGGGAGGUUGGCUUGACUAAAAGGAAAACAUACUGCCAUUUUAUUAGGGAUACUUGGUUAAUAAAUGGUAACAAUGAAAAUAAUAAAUGAAUUCCAUUCACUGCACCCAAGCCGAAAACCUCGUCCGGGGGGGGGGGGGGAAGGGUGAAAGCCGCCCUCCCUGCUGGACCCCAAGGCCUCUGAUUCCUCCGUGCCUUGCUGCCAUGUGACGCCGGCCACGUUUCCAAACAGCAGCUCCACUGGGUCCCCUUUGAUGGUAGGGCAGGAAAUGAAACAUUAGGAGCUCCACUUGGAAAACAGUUUGCUACUUGGGGAUUUUUUUUCCCCUUAAAGCAUUUAUUUUGAGGAGCAGUUUUCUAUGUUUUCAUGACAUUACUUGGUACAUGGACUUCAAAGGUGUGGCAGUGUUUCCCUGUUAUGAUCCUGUGUUUAGACUCCACUCAUUUUCCUAUUAUUCUGCAGGUGUACCCUAAAACUGUUCCUCGUGUACUUGAACAGUUGCAUUCAGAAGGGAGGUAAUGUGGUUUCAUGGUGCCUGAUAACUCAGUCUUUUGUAUAUAACAUAUAUAUAUACAUAUAUAAAUAUAAAUAUAAUUAUAUCUCAGUGCAGCCCGUGAUUUAGAUUUACAGUUUAUCUGGGGUUAUUUUUCGGUCUAGAGCCUUGUUGUCCUUCACUGCAGUCCAACUGGGAUUUUUCCAAACGGCUUCUGAGUUGCACUGUGGCCCAGAUGCCCUCAUACCCUGAGCACCAUGAAGCAGCCUUAUUUCUGAGGAAUCUGGAAGGUCUUACUGAUACGCACGUAGGUUUUGCGGAUUUAUCUUCCCUGCCCUUCCCCUGUUCUCAGCCUCUUUUCCGUACCGUUUCUGGAGAGGGCAUUACUUGUUCUUGUUCGUUGUAGACGUGGGAAUAGAGAGAAAGUCAAGCAUUGUCAGUGUCUCUUUCCUUCGUUCAUUUUGCCGAGUGGAAACCGGAGCCCGUUAGAUCUAACAGUACCUAUUUGAGUCCCUAAGGAAAUUUAAAAAUUUGUUCUAAACCAGGACACCUCCUUUUUCCAAAGAGUGCCAUCCAAUGUGUUAUUUCAAACUUCUACUGUUUUAAAAGUUUGGAAAGAUACACAUCUCCUGCAACCCUCGUGGGCUUGGUGGCCUUCCUAUCACCUCAGCCACCUGUGGCUCCUAACUUAUUGCACAAGGAUAUUCACUCCCCCUCUGAUGCAGUGAGUUGCAAGCAAAAGAUCUUGAAAUGAAAAAGCACUAAUUAGUUUAAAAUGUCACUUUUUUGGUUUUUAUUAUACAAAAACCAUGAAGUAAUUUUUUAUUUGCUAAACCAGAUUUUGUUCCUUUUUAGUGAUUCAUGUUUAUGAAGAGAGUUGAGUUUAACAAUCCUAGGUUUUAAAAGAAACUAUUUAAUGUAAAAUAUUCUACUUGUCAUUCAGAUAUUAUGUAUAUCUUCUAUGGCCUUUAUCCUGUACUUUUAAUGUACAUAUUUCUGUCUUGCUGUGAUUUGUAUAUUUCACUGGUUCAAAAAACAAACCGAAAGGCUUAUGCCAAAUGGAAGAUAGAAUAUAAAAUAAAAUGUUACUUGUAUAUUGGUAA